AGAGGGAUGGAGUUGGCAAAUACACUGCGAAAGCGGUCAUUGUCGGUUCGCACGAGGAAUGGAGCCGUGGAAGAGCGGACGGCGGACGACGGUGAGUUGGUCGGAGAGCCGGUGAGCCCCUCCGCUAGGCUCGUUGAGGGUUGUUUUAUUGUUGUACACUUGGGUCUCGCGGCGCCCGUGAACCCAUCCGCCUGGCGCACGGGCAUCAACGCAAAGAUAGCGUCCCACCCACGGUUCAACAGAAUCCAGACGAGAGACGAGGAUGGCGUCCUACGCUGGGUGAGGACAACUGUGGACCUGGACCACCACAUCAUCUACCCAAGGCUGGAGCUGGACACGGCGGCCAACCCUGACCAGGCUGUGGAAGACUACGUGGCGUCCCUGCCCAACAAACCCAUGGACCAUUCUCGACCUCUGUGGGAGUUCCACGUCCUCGACUUCCCGACCUCCGAGGCCACUGCAACUGUGGUGAUGCGGGUGCACCACUCCCUCAGUGAUGGCACGUCUCUGCUCAUGCUCCUACUGUCCAGCACGCGCAGCGCCGCCGACCCGACCAAGCCACCAGCCAUGCCGCCAUUGCCGGCACGCUCCGGUCCUAUAUACUCUCGUCCACGACCACCACUGUCUGCGGGCGCGCUCGCGUUCGGCAUGUGGGUUUGCUCGUUCGUCCUGCUCGCUUGGCACACCGUGUGGGACGUUGCAAGCUUCUCGGCGAUCAUACUAUUCCGGAAAGAUACGCAUACGCUCUUUACCAGGAUGAACCACGACGACUGUCAGCGGAAGCGCAUUGUGCACACGAGUCUUAGCCUUGACGACGUCAAGUUCGUCAAGGAUGCCAUCAACUGCACAGUUAAUGAUGUGUUGGUUGGAGUCACUGACGCCGCCCUAUCACGAUACUACUAUCGAAAGUCAGCUGAUACAGAAAUUUGCAAGGAUAUCCGUUUGCGAUCAAUCCUUCUCGUGAAUUUGAGGGCACCUACAGCAUUGCACGCAUGUGUCAAUAUGAUAGAGUCUGGAAAGGGAAGUGUUGUAAAAUGGGGAAAUCAAAUUGGCUUCAUCAUCCUUCCAGUACAUAUAGCCAUGCACAGUGAUCCACUAGAUUACAUUCGCAAGGCCAAGAAUAUCGUGGAUAUGAAGAAGAACUCAUUAGAAGCGGUAUCCACGUAUAUGGUUGCAGAAGUGUUCCACAAAAUAUUUGGAUGGAAGGCUGGCGCAGCUAUCAUCCACCGUAUGGUCUCCCAUACAACCAUGUGUUUGUCGAAUAUGAUUGGCCCAGUUGAACAGGUGGAGUUCUUUGGCCAUCCAGUUGCCUUCAUUGCCCCUAGCCAACAUGGGAUAGCACAAGCCAUAAAUGUGAACUAUCAAAGUUACGUCAAUACAGUCAGGGUAGUUCUAGCAGUUGACGAGGCACAGUUUCCAGAUUGUUAUGAUCUUCUGGAGGACUUUUCUGAAUCCCUCAAACGAAUUAAAGGUGCAGCUAUGAGCGUUGGACAACAUAACUAGAAGGCAUAGCCGCAUUAUUAUGCGUUGAUACCAGAUUCUUAAUAAAUCUGUAAUGAUCAUGAAUUAUAUUUUUCUGCAACAUCGAGACAAUAUGCAUGAUUUACCUUACCAUGGGACUUCAGCUCCCAAAACUAACACACGCAAGGACAAAUCCUUAUACAAAUAGUGUAAAAAAUGAAUUUGUCUAUUCAAGGUAGGAUUUGUCCUUUUUUCUAGUUCCAUGAAAUGAAUUUGGAUUUGAAUCU